AUGGCACAAGUCUUUGACACCAUCGUCCUCGGCGCAGGCUGGUCCGGCGCCGUCGCUGCCCGCGAGCUCGCCCGUGCCGGCCGCUCCGUUCUCGUCCUCGAGGCCCGCGACCGUAUCGGCGGACGCGCGUCCACCUGGUCCACCCCUACUGGCGACAAGUUUGACCUCGGAUGCGCCUGGAUCCACGGCUACAACGAGGGCAACCCGGCGCGCGACAUUGCCACGUCUCUCGGUGUCUCUGCUGGCCUCCCCAAGGCCGCACCUGGCAUCAUGUACGGUCCCGACGGCCCGCUCGCAAAGGAGACUGCUGCCACACUCUCGUCGUCUCUCGCUGCCGCCCAGGCCGCGUUCCGCACGCCUCACCCGGCUCCGGGACCCAACGUGUCCGUGGCAGACGCGCUCUUUGCGUCCGAGUCGCCCCUGACCGCCGCCGGCGUCGAUGGCCAGCUCGCAAAGUCCUUUGCGCGCUCCCUCGAGGUCCCCUUUGGCACAAAGCUCGAGAACGUGUCGCUCCGCUGGAAUGGUUGGGAGGGUACUCACAACUUUAGCGGCUCGGACGCUCUGCCCGUUGGUGGAUACCAGGAUAUUGUGGGCAAGGUGCUUGCCGACGCCGAGGCUGCUGGUGCCCAGGUCCGUCUCAGCGAGCCCGCCACCCAGGUAGCCGAUGGCGACAAGGAUGUGACUGUCACCACGGCCUCGGGAGCCAAGUACUCUGCCCGUGCCGUCGUCUGCACCAUCCCGCUGGGCGUGCUCCAGUCGCUCCCCGAGACCUUCUUCAACCCGCCUCUUGACGCCCGCCUCGCAGACGUUGUCAAGAACACCAACGUUGGCGUCCUCGAGAAGAUUGUCCUCAACUAUGACACGGCGUGGUGGCCCCAGGCCAACGAGCUGGGCUCGUACCUCUUCCUCCCGACCAAGUCGGAAGCGGACCUCACCCCGGCCUCUUCGCUCGCCGACGUGUUUGCAUCGAGCACCUUCAACUCGAACAACUUUGCCGCUGGAAACCUGCCGGUCACCUCGCCCACUCUCGUGACCUACAUCACCGACACGGUGGCACGUAUCAUCGUCACCCGCCCCGCCGACCAAGUCGCCGCGGCAUUCCACGCCUUCCUCGAGUCGCGCUUCGGCACCAAGGGCCCCCAGCCCGCCGGGUUUGCAGUCACGUCGUGGCUCACCGACCCGCACGCGCGCGGCGCCACCACCACCCCCGUGGUCGUCAGCGCAAACGGCGAGCGGUCGCCCAUGGACUACAAGGAGCUCUCACGGCCACAGUGGGCCGGCCGUCUGGGCUUUGCUGGCGAGCACACCGAGAUGGAGAACCGCGGCAGUGUGGCCGGUGCCGUGCUCUCGGGCCAGCGCGAGGGCGAGCGUGUGGAGCGCCUCCUGAAGAAGCUUGGUGCGUAG